AUGAACAACAUGAUGGCUAAGAAAAUUCACUCUCCCACACAGUACAAACCAAUUCUACCCCAAAUUCCCAUACAGUUACCGUCGCCUAUUGCCUCUUUCCCAUCAGACAGCCCUAGCCCGUUUGUCAGCGCCAAAUCGAGGGCCAAGCCUGGGCCGGCCCGUAAUGACGCCGGCGCGUAUCAGCUCAAGUCGUGUACGCGCUGUCGGCAGCACAAAACAAAGUGCAAUGCACUGCAACGGGCACCGCUUCCGUGUCUGGCCUGUCUGAAAAAGCAUGUCGCUUGUGAGUUGGACGAACGGGCACCGCCGCAACGGUCUAACGCCAUGAAGUCUCUCAAGAGCGAGAUCACAAACUUGCAGAGGGGAAUCAGGGUGCUUGAGAACCAGAACUUGGCCAUGGAAAGGAUGUUGAGGGGUUCCGAUGAGGAAAGACAGACUAAACGAGUGAAACAUUCCAGGGUUGCAAAUCGCUCUGGAUAUAUCAACUCAUUUGCCUCCCCCCAUGCCUGGGAUGUCUCCCCCAAACGCCUCUCAACAUCUGCACACUCCAUCUCUAGUGUGACAUCCGUUCCCAACAGCGACAACUUUCCGCAGCCUCCCUCCCGCGGUCUGUUCUGUAACCAGGCUCAUGAUUGCGCCCAAGACGGCCUACCGCACCGGAAGAUUCCCACCCCGCCCAUCACCAACCUUCCCGAGCCAAUAGUGCUCCAGGAGACGUAUCUGAACUACGAGACGUACCAACUUUACGAUACUAGUCUCUCCCGAGCCCAGGUUUCUCGUUACUUUUUCAUUUUCCAAACCCAAUUCCUCCCCUUAUUUCCCAUAAUCAACCCCCAGAAGACGUAUCUGCAGAUCCACCACGAGUCUCCGCUUCUUUUCUGGUCCAUCAUGCUCGUGGCAUGCACCAGCGACGCGGAUCCCGAACGCUACAUCCGUCUAUCGCCACUGGUAAAGCAGCUUGUCAUCGAAAACUGCUGGUACGCGACCCCACGGUCUUCUUUUAUCGUACAGGCGCUUUUGCUCUUGACCACGUGGCCCAUGCCGUCCCACAAGCUUCUCGACGACGUGUCGUACCGCUUGAUCGGGAUGAGUAAAAACAUUUCGAUGCAGCUCGGGCUCCACCGCGGCCCAUUCAUCAACGAAUUCUCGCGUGGGAUCAAGGGAAAAGACGUCAAGUACCGGAGCAAGACCUGGAAGGGCUGUUUCAUCAACGAAGUGUGCUAUUCCUCAUUGCUUGGGUUGCCGAGCGGGGCCUCAGAGUGGGAUUAUAUUAUUGAUAACGAGGGGUAUAAAGAGCAUUUUAAGAAGAGUCUAAAAGAAACGGGUGAUCUUGAUGGAUCAAAAGAAUCAGUGGAAAGUUCCAAGGUCCUGACAGUGUUAGAACCAAGCGGAGAAGGGUUUGAGAAGGAAAAGAAAAGUUCCAUGUCUCUGGCAGAAGAGGGCCACCAGGGUCCAGUCGAAGACCCGACGGUGCUUGGCGUUUUUGACUGCACCUUUUAUUUCAAUUCCAUCUUGGAAAUCUCUAAACACACGUUCAAAUUCACCAACUGCCUAGGAAACUCCAUCACUAACUCUGGCUUGAUCAACUACAACGAACGGUUCCUCAACAUAUCCAGCUUCCGCGGGGUCCUCGCAGCCCUUGAGAAACGCCUUCUUCCACACCCGGGCGUCACCUACUACCUCCAACCGGCCACACCGCUCUGGGAAAAGUACGUCUACCUUCAGAUGAAGUAUGCUCAUCUCCAGCUCUACACGUUUGCAUUCUUUCCCAACACCUCCCAGGCCGACCAGAAAGUGUAUAUCGACCGUGCCGUCCAGACAUGUUUGGACGUCGCCCAGGUGGUGCUCCACAUCUUUUCGGGCUCAAAAAUGCACAUUUUGAUGUACCCCAUCCACUUCCGUUCCUUGGUAAGCUUGACUUGCUUUGUGCUCGCGAGGGUCCAGAUGUUUCCAUUGCUAGCCAGCAACAUGCUCGCGCCAGUUCUCUCUACCCUCAGAGACCUCUAUGACGUGUUAAACUAUUCCAAGGACACGGUUUACCACAAGUGGCGGCUGGUGGACUCGGAUUCCAGCCGAACGGUCAGGGUGCUCAAAAGCUUUGAGCUCGCCAUGUUUGUGAACCCAAAGCUCAUCGUCACGAGACCAUUUAUGAUCUCGCGGAUGAAGUCGCAUCUCAACGCCAGUUUGUCGUACGAGAUUAUCUGGUUUAUCCACGAGAUCCGAAAGACCCACAGCGCGAGUGACCGUGAUUCCGGUGCCACGUCGCCGCGCGCUGUGUCGCAGCCAGAAUUCAAGCACCCGAUUGUGGACGAGCGGAUCGAGACGGCUCAUAUUGCCAACGAAAAGGAGUCGUUGCUCGGGAUGUACGAUAAUGACAUGGAGACGUUCUUCAGAGAGUACUGCCGAUUGGAUAAAAACGACCCGAUUGACCAGCGGUUGAUACUGCACUUCACCGGCCCCAAGGCGCUCUUGGGGGCCAGUGGCUCUUCCAGUGGAGAUACGUCGGGAAAAGAAACACCCGUAAACGGGGUUACUUCGGCGUUGGAGGCGGAAGGGUUGGUGACCUUGCUCCAGGGUGUUCAAUGGAUGGCCGAGAGAGAAAACUGCGUGUUGGACAAUUUUGGGCUUUCCGGAGAGGAUUUCACGUAG